AUGUCGCGUAAGCAGGAACUCUUAGACCGACUUGCGCAGAUCAUCAUGGUCGCGAAAUGCAAAUGUUUCAUGCAGAGAUCCAAGUCGACGACACACGUUGAUUGUCUUCACGUUGACACUUGGAUAUUUGAAGAACUCGUCUGUGCCGUGCAGAUAACAGAGUCAGUGGAAUUUUUUGGCCAACUCACGGAAACUCCGAAAAUGUUUGUGUUCACUGCCUUGAUGGCUUAAAUUUGGAAAAUUUCAUAUGAGACGUUUUUUCUUCAAUAUAGGAAACUUCAAGAUGAAUUUUGGUAGCUCACUAUCUAAUGUUAAAAUCACCACAAUGGUUCUUUUCGUGAUAAAUCUGUUUUGUAAAUAUUGAAAAGAGCUGAUUUUGAAUGGGAAAUAUUAACCAAAUCGGGUUGGUACGACGAGUUUGAACGCUCUGAAGCCAUAUAAAAACUCAGAAAAAAUCAGAAAAAAUAAAAAUCAAAGAGCGCAAAUUUUAGAAAAUUUUCAUCAUCAGAUUAAUCUCACUUCCAAGUUUUUUUCAGAACUUUUCGAGAUACAGAUUUACAGAGUCCCCCAUUCUAGCAACGCUUCUGUGGCCGACUCCAUUCUCUACACAGAAAGCCUGGAUAGUUUGAUGCCAGAAAACUCGAAAACCCGGUGGCAAUAA